AUGGAUUCAAUUCCAGAUCUGAUCGACCCGGCAGCCGACGAGGCUUCUCCUUUACGAAAAGUCCUCAACAUACUCGAGAUGUACGAAGAAAAUAGUAAGCAUCCUGUGCCAGAGGUUGGCGUUCCCCAAAAGACACAGGGCAAUGCUUCCGCAAGCACAGAACACCAACGCACGGAUGAUGUUCUCGAACCUACCCCUCAAAGCCAGCAAGAUCGCGAGAACGAUGAGGAAGAGAUAAAGGAGAAUGAAGAGGAGAUGGGUAUUGAGGAUGCUCGCAAGCUGGGAGAUUUGGAGAGCGUUGACGGACUUGGCGGAGGACCAACCCAGAAAAAGAGAGAAGAAAAAGCAUUGAGCUCCGGGAAGACAGUACGAAAGUUCAGGGGUCGGAAGAUUUCAAGUAACCUGGCGGAGGAUGAUGAGUCCGGAGAGAUGAACACUGGCCUCGAGGAGUCUCAAAGCAAUGAUGAAAUGAUGAGAACAGGAGGCGAAAGUUCGAGCAAUGAAAUCACCAAACCGCGAAAUUCUUCGAUGCUCCCUUUGACUCCGGUGCGAGAACUUCCUGGUCUCGGCAAGGGAUCCGGACAGGAUGGCAACAGCAACUUUGCAUCAGGCUCUCGUUCGUCAAUCGACAAAGGCAAAACCGCGAUCUCGAAUGCCACGAGGGGCUCGGACAUCCACAAAGCUCCUCCUACAGAAGAUGGUCCAAGCAAUUAUGUCGAAGGCCGUUAUGCCUCAACCGACUGCGCUUGUCGCUCGGAGAAGAACAAGCACGUCAAUGUGGCCGUCAACCAAUCGCCAUUGGAGGUCGUUGAGCCCUUCGAACUACCCCCGCCACUGCCCUCCAACAUGGACAAUAUCCCAGCUUGCAUCGAUGACUAUAUGAGAAACAUGUAUGCCCACAUGUGUAUCAAUCAACAUAAUUUCGAAAAGUUGCGGUUGAAGUGCCAACGAUGCAAUUGCAAUGAUCCACUACCAGAGCCAGAGCUCACAACCCAAGAUUUCGAAGAGGCAGACGAGCCUAUUCGAGCCAAUUCUCCUGUGGGGAGACCCAGCUGGGAGACAAUGCAGCAAGACGAUAGCACGGAUUGGAGAGAGCGUGACGAGAACCUUGACCAAGAGUCCGACGAGGAAAUGAGAAAAGCAUUACAAGAAAGUCUGGCAUUGAUGCAAACCCACGACCUGAUCCGGAGGGCCAUCCCGAAAUUGGAAAUAAUUCAGAGGAAAGAGUACGUCGAAACUCAUGAAUUAGAUACCAUGGGAAUGGUAUUGAGGUACUGGGAGGUCUCGUCCGGAAGGAGAUUAUCGGAUGGCGGGUCAAUGGCCGCGGUGCAAGAUUGGUUGGCGAUACCUAGAGGACUCGUUGAGUCGCCACCUCCUCUCAUCCAGGAUGUAGAUCGAGGCCCUGGACAUCGUUUGGGGGAAGCCAGUUCCUCUGCGCCUCCUGUCGACCCGGAAACUCGGGGAGCUCUCACGGCUGACUCGGCUCUGAAGCGAGGGAAGAAGCAAUCGACCCAGCCAAGUCUUCAAUGGAGAAUAACGCACCCACAAGGUGAAGCGCAGGAGCUGCCACGGAACAAAAGACUUCCACCUCAACCCGUUGCUCAGCCGAGAGACAUUGAAAGACGAAAUCACUCGGAAGUCACUCCUCGGGCAAGUCGGAGCAAUACAUUGACACCAGCUCGGAACCAAGCCGAGAACAAUACUGUCACGGCUCCCAGCAGCGAUGGUGAGAGAGCGCUUGAUGAAGAAGACGAGAGCACUCGCGUCGCUAAUACAGGGGACAACUCUUCUCAAGACGAAACUCCGGGCAAGAUUUGGAAGGGAAAAGGAAGGGCGUGAUGACACUUCAUGGUGAUUUUGGUCAGAGAUUGGAGGGGCUGCGAUCAGUGGGGGUGUGCACUGGGGGGAGAAAACAGUUGGUACUACUUGUAUGCGUAAGGAUUGACAAGUAAUUCCCAUCAAAGCAGAC